CGACCGGUCUCCUGUCCCCUAAAGCUGCCACGACACCAUGAAGCAGCUGCCAGUCUUGGAGCCUGGAGACAAGCCCAGGAAAGCAACAUGGUACACCUUGACUCUCCCUGGAGACAGUCCCUGUGCUCGAGUCGGCCACAGCUGCUUAUAUUUACCUCCAGUUGGUGAUGCCAAGAGAGGGAAGGUCUUCAUUGUUGGGGGAGCGGAUCCAAACAGAAGCUUCUCAGAUGUGCACACCAUCGAUCUGGGAACAUACCAGUGGGAUUUGGCCACCUGUGAGGGCCUCUUGCCCCGAUAUGAACAUGCCAGCUUUAUUCCCUCCUGCACACCCAACACAAUCUGGGUAUUUGGAGGUGCCAACCAAUCAGGAAAUCAAAAUUGUCUGCAAGUGCUGAAUCCUGAAACCAAGACUUGGACCACACCAGAAGUGACCAACCCACCACCAUCCCCCAGAACAUUCCACACAUCAUCGGCAGCCAUUGGAAACCAGCUGUUUGUCUUUGGGGGAGGAGAGAGAGGUGCCCAGCCUGUGCAGGACGUGAAGCUGCAUGUGUUUGACGCAAACACUCUGACCUGGUCACAACCUGAGACGCUUGGAAAUCCUCCAUCUCCUCGACAUGGACAUGUGAUGGUGGCAGCAGGGACAAAACUUUUUAUCCAUGGAGGCUUGGCAGGGGACAAAUUCUAUGAUGAUCUCCAUUGCAUUGAUAUAAGUGACAUGAAAUGGCAGAAGCUAAGCCCCACUGGGGCUGCUCCAGCAGGCUGUGCUGCCCACUCAGCUGUGGCUGUGGGGAAACACAUAUACAUCUUUGGUGGAAUGACUCCCACAGGAGCACUGGAUAUAAUGUAUCAAUAUCACAUAGAAAAACAGCAUUGGACCUUGCUUAAAUAUGAUACUUUUCUACCCCCUGGACGAUUGGACCAUUCCAUGUGUAUAAUUCCAUGGCCAGUGGUGUGUACUUCUGAGAAAGAAGAUUCAAAUUCCAUCACCCUAAACUGUGAAGCUGAGAAAAGGAAUUCAGCCAACGGAGGAGGCCCCCAGAGUGGUGAUUUACACAAGGAAGACCAGACUGACGUGUUGCUCUGUUUUGUGUUUGGUGGGAUGAAUACUGAAGGAGAGAUCUAUAAUGAUUGUAUUGUGACUGUAGUUGACUAAUAAAAGCUACAUUUUUAUUCUGUCA